GGCCAAUUUACGGCUGAAGAUAACUUCCUAACCACAGUCACCACUGCCAAGGUGGAAUUGAAAUAACUUAGCCGUCUUCAGUAAAAUCGUACUUUUAGAGGUUCAUUAUUCAUAUUAUGGGAGAAAUAGAAUUGAGAAAGGACGAGAGCGCGAAGCGACCUAUCGAGAAUGUAAAUUUUUCAGAGGAUGAAGACUCGGUGAAGCAACAAGCUAAAAAAGUCACAAUAAACAACUCGAAAGAGGAAGAAAAGUCAGAAAGUAAUAUUGAAGAUCAAAAUUCAACUGACGAUUCCAAUGAGGACCAAACGACUCCUUCGUAUCCCACAUCCGAUACGGAUGAGGAUGAAGCUCAUAGUGAAGUAAAAUUCAAAGAGCAAUAUUCUCAAUUUAACUAUCCUAUCAAUGAACCUCCUAGUGAUCGACCAGUACGUGUAUAUGCAGAUGGUGUUUUUGACUUAUUUCACAUUGGUCAUAUGAGGCAAUUGGAGCAAGCCAAAAAAGUGUUUCCCAAUGUCCAUCUGAUUGUCGGACUUCCCAAUGAUAAGUUGACCCAUCGCUUAAAGGGAUUGACAGUUAUGAAUGACAAAGAAAGAGCUGAAGCACUUCGCCAUUGCAAGUGGGUCGAUGAAGUCGUUGAAAGUGCACCUUGGGUUAUAACUCCCGAUUUUUUGGAAGAGCAUAAAAUUGAUUUUGUCGCUCAUGAUGAUAUACCUUAUGCUUCAGAUGAUAGUGGUGACAUAUAUCUUCCGGUGAAAAAAGUAGGUAAAUUUAUACCAACGAAACGAACGGAAGGUGUAUCCACCUCUGAUUUAAUAACACGAAUUAUUCGUGAUUAUGAUCAGUAUGUCAUGCGUAAUCUUGCGAGAGGCUUGGACAGAAAGGUUUUGAAUGUAUCCUUGUUUAAAAAGAAUGAACUGGAUUUUCGCCAUCACAUCAAAAUGCUGCGCGAUGCAAUUCGUAAUCACUGGGUAUCUACUAGUCGUGAUCUGAAGGCGGACAUAAAAUCUUUCCUUUCGAUGGCUACAACGGAUUACCAAUUGCAAUACACUCCUUUGCAUGGCUCAAGUGCGCCUCCUAGUCCUGGUCCCGGAAAUCACCAAAAUAGCUUCCUGGGCGGCUUAAAUCGAUGGAUGCAACGUCGAUCAAGCAGCCAAUAUGAUUUACCUCAAAUGAAAGCCAAUCUGUCUAAUCAAUCUAGUGAAAAUGAUGAUACGGUAACUCUUAAGAAUCAUCAAUAAAUUACGAGUUGCUUUUUGUGAUUGAUUAGUCAACAAUUCCUUGAUAUAUCCGAACGAUCUAUAAAGACGAAACAACUUGCCCUCAACCCUUCUUACUUUUACCAUUUGUUAAUUUGGGAUAUGGCGACAAUACGGAACGGACUUGUUUAUAUUUAACUUCAUUGUUCAUAAAUCCUCUUAUAAUGUUCUCAAUAGUCUGAAGACUAUAUAACGAUUGUUUGAUUCAUGCUAAUACUAUCACUUAUGAGACAUUUCGUAAUUUGCUUACAUAUAUGACUGCCCGAUAUUAAUCCUCAUGCACUAUGGUAAUCUUCAGGCUUACUUAAUACCCACUAUUGGCUUUCCUCUCGUUCAUGUUUUGUUUAAUACAGCAGCUCAAUUAACUAAUGGUUGUUGUCUUUUUGUGUAGUUAAUGGAGGGUUUUUUUUUCUGCGCUUGGAUUUACGACUUUAAUAUUAGGAGAUCCUUUUUUCUCUUCAAAAUAUAGCGUCUUUUAUCAAUGUCUCAUGAGUAGUUUUCUUUCCUCGAGGUUAUAUUUAGUGUCUCAUGUAGCACUUAGUUAUUUUUUAAUUUUAAUAAAAAUUUUUUAUCAACUUCCUGUUAAAUAUGAACAGAAGUCGUAUGUACGAAUGUUGACCUUCC